CACCAAACCAAUUCAGUAGUCUUUAAAUAUACUUGACAUCGAGAGACAGUCAUCUGCCGACAUACCCAAACAAGAAAUCUGAUUAAGAUACUAUUUGACAAAAUGACUUCUAUAAAAAAUUUGGCCAGGACUGCAAUCAUCUUAUAUGCCAUAUGCUUUUUCACAAACUCUGAUGGAAGACCAAUGAUGAAAAGAUCAGUGAGUGAAAUGCAAUUAAUGCAUAAUCUUGGAGAGCAUCGACACACCGUGGAGAGACAGGACUGGUUGCAGAUGAAGCUGCAGGAUGUGCACAGUGCCCUUGAGGAUGCUAGGACCCAGAGGCCCCGAAGCAAGGAUGAUGUUGUCCUGGGUGAGAUAAGAAGUCGGAGGCUGCUCCCUGAGCAUUUGCGGGCAGCGAUGCAGAAGAAAUCCAAUGAUCUGGACAAAGCUUACAUGGAUGUACUCUUUAAAACAAAGCCAUAA